CCGCGCAGUCGACGUCGCGCGCGCCAGCGCCAGUCGUCUAUCGCGGACAAUGCGGGCUCGUGCGCAAAUGGCGUCGCAGUGCCGUCAUGAGCGAGAGUGUGUCGUGCAGUAACGCGUUAGGGCCGCGUCCGGGCGCGGUGCCUCGCGGCCCAGCCUGACGGCAAAACGUGCGGAUCGAGCUUUGACAAGAGUGAGGUUACGGAAGGAAGAUAUUACGGGUCUCGCGGAGGACCACAUCGACGAGGAUAGAACGACGAAGAGAGUGGUAACAGGAAUUGUGAAAUAGACCCAGAAGAGCAUCGAAGAUGCAGGCGGAAUUGAUAUAUCGGAAGCCGUCGAUGACGAGUCAGGGCGGCUUUCAUUGCACCGGCAAUGAUAACAAACGGGAAAAGAACGGCGGACGGGACUCGCGCGAGACGAUACACUCGGGUCACUUCAUGGUGUCGGACUUCGAGGCCGAGGCGCAGGACGACGAGGACGAUCUCGCCGUGCCGGUCCCGGAUCAAGAGGAGACGCAGACCGCCAGCUUCUCGAUCACCGCGUCUCCCGGAUUUUUUCACGACAGAUUCGCGAGCAGCAUGCUGUUGUACAGCAGAAGCUCGUCCCAGCAGCUGAGCAUCGAGACAUCCUUGAACAAGCUUUUCCAGUGCAUGUCUCUCGCCUACAGACAGAAGCUGACAUCGCCCAAGUGGAAUCGCUUUAAAGGAAUCAGAUUGAGAUGGAAGGACAAGAUCAGAUUAAAUAAUGUGAUUUGGAGAUGCUGGCACAUGCAAUUUAUAUUGAAACAAAACACGUUGGUGUGUCAGUUUGCGUCCCCACUUGACGUUGAUACUCAUAAUAAACCCGAGGCGGUAGUCUUAGAGGGGAAAUACUGGAAACGAAAGCUUGCAGCCGUUACAGCUGAAUACAAGAAAUGGCGCAUGUUUUAUCGAAACAAGAUCCUUGGCUGGACGAACAAGGAUGGUUCAGAGAUGAUGGAGUCAAUGGACAUGCUAGAUUGGAGCAAUGGAGGCGGAACCACCGGUAAUUUUGGAACGGGUAUAGGGAAUGUAUUUGGUGGUACCAGUGGUACUCCAAGUGGCGAGAGUAUGAUGGUUGAUGAGGAUUACAUGGAAUUGAUGACUGACACCCUCUUCUCGACCAUCAGCUCGAACCAACCAAUAUAUUUCCCCGAUCCUAGAGAAAUAGCACGUGGUGCCAGUAUAGCAGACUUCAUGCAACCUAGUCUAUGUCCUUUACAACCAACUCUGGACGAUUUUAUGGACACUUUGGAACCGUUGCAAGAAUUUCUAAACUCAAAAUUGCCUCCCGUACCUGAGGAGGACGAUAUGUUUCGACAAAGCAGUUUAAACACUAAUUAUUCUGAUCUGGACCUGAUGACACCAAUUAAUCAGAUGAACGAAAUAGGCGAGGAUCCAACGACGAUAAAGAACGAACAGACUUCGCAACAGCUACCACAGGAAGAGCAAGAGGCUAGUAUGCAGAAUCUCCAGUAUACCGCCAAAAUAUAUACUCAGCCCCAACCUGAAUCAGCAAAUGUAUAUAGAAAUAACAUAGCUAUGAAUGAAGAUUACAGUGCUAUUCAGCCGAACUUCGAGUCUGCCACGACGAGCCAAUCUGGACGAGAAAAGACUAGAAGUAGUAGGACGACGUCGAGAGGUAGCCGUAUGAUGCAGCAAUCCCAACAACAACAGCAGAAUACGUAUCAAGCGACGAGCGCGUCGCAGCAGCAACAAAAUCCGGGAUUCCAGCAGCAGCCGCAAUCUUACGCGAUGGAGAUUCAGACGGUACAAUUAGCACCGAUGCCGAACCAGCCGCAAACGGUGCAGAUCACUGCGGCGCUAAAUGAUCAAUCGGCGACAGUUAAUGCCAAUCAGAUAUCCUCGAUCGCUGCCGCGGCCGUGCAAAAUCUAGUGACGGUGCAGCAAAACUUCGCCGCGCAAGCUGGCAACACGCCGUUGCAGACUCAGCAUCCAGCAAUAAGGCCGUUACCAACCACCUCUCCGAUGUCCUCCAGCAAGCCUUACAAAAUCGUUCAGCCGCAGCAGCAGUGUUACAAAUUUCCGAACCUUGUACAAAAUCUCAAUGCUCAACAGUGUAAAUUUAACACUAAUAAUAGCUUCAAGACACAUCCCACGCAACAAGUGGUAUCGGUUUCUUCGACAGAGCAACCGUCACAAUCGCAGAUAUUGCUGCAAUGUAGAUCUGCCGGUUUGGAUCUUACAGCGCCCGCUUUGCACCCAACUAAACUGCUACCUCAACCGACAACGUCCAACGCGGAAAAAGAAGAUAUAUUUUUACGACCUAAGAUACAAAUGAAAGGAAGGAAUAGAUCACGAAGCAGUUCCUCUUUAACAGCCCCCAGGAUACAUCCACCAUUGGUAUCCGCAGUGAGCGAUCCAGCUCUGAAUCUGAAUAAUAAUGUCUUGCUUGCACAUUUGCUCACAAAUAAAAUAACACAAGUGACGACUGCGCAACAUAUCACAACCCCAGUGACUGUUCAAACGAUACAAACUUCUAGCAUACCGCAGCAGACGCAAACGCAACAACAGGCAAUGCAACCAUCUACAACCCAACAAAUCCUUCUAAACGCAAACAACCAAACGCACCAGUCUCAAAAUAGUCCUAGUUCGCCCAAAGAUAGCAGUUCUAAUGCGCACAGCCCCCAAGCUUUAAGCCUCAGUCCUUUGCAUAGUCCCAUGAGUAUAGGUAGUCCUUUAUCGCCUACUCGUGGAUAUAUAAAGGGUGAAUCAGAAAGAGGACAAUAUAAGGAGCAGAGACGUGUCGGACACAUUCAUGCGGAACAGAAACGUAGAUAUAACAUCAAGAAUGGUUUCGACAUGUUACACAGUUUGAUACCGCAACUCAGUCAAAAUUCCAACGCAAAAUUAAGCAAAGCCGCAAUGCUGCAGAAAGGAGCGGAUUACAUUCGGCAACUCAGGGCAGAAAGAAAUCAAUUGAAAGAGGAAAUGGAUAAUCUGAGACAUCAGAUCGAGUGCCUUAAUGCGUCUAUUAGUAAUUGUCAAUCUAUGCUUCCUGCAACGGGUGCUCCAGUUUCUAGACAUAGAACCAGCAAAAUGAAAGAGAUGUUUGAUGAAUAUGUACGUACGCGCACACGAGAAAACUGGAAAUUCUGGAUUUUCAGUGCAUUGCUGGAACCGUUAAUGUUGUCCUUCAAUACUUCAGUCUCAACUGCGAGUAUCGAGGAUUUAUAUAGAAGUACAAUAUUGUGGGUAGAGCAACAUUGCUCGCUUGUCGAUCUCAGACCAGCUGUUCUGAAUUCUCUAAGGAAUUUGUGUACUGCCACUGAUAUUUUAUCAGAUCCGGCCCGUCUACCUGAAGAAGCACUCGCGGCAGUUAAUCGGUCGGAACGUCGAUGAUCCACACAGUGAUCAAGUGCGCAAAUUCUUGUUACAAUCUGUUUGUAUAAAAAUGUUCGAGGUUUAGAUAUAUACGAAUGUAAGGGAGAUGAUAGUUACCGUAUAGCUUAAAUUAUAGUCUAUGCAAAACAAAAUAAAUAAUGAAGAAGUUUGUUAUUUGACGAUAACAGAAAUGCAAACAAAGAAAUAAAAAUAAGUGCAAUUCCUCUUUUUAUUGCGAUAUACGAAAA